AGUGUCUGUACUGUUGGCAGGAGUGACCAGAAUAAAAACAGCAACACCAGACAUAGAGGAGGAAAAAAAGCGAAGUAAUCCAUUGAACCAGAGUCUUUGCCCCUCUCUUAAUUACGUAUAGUCCCAUAUCUUUUCCCUUUUUCACUUUUUUCCCCACUCUUUAAGACUUCGGGCUUGUUGUAAUUAGAUAGAAGAGAAUAAAACCAGCUGAUCGAGAGAGGGGUGUGCAUUUUGGAGCGAGAUGGCUAACAGAAACAUUCUGUUGCUCUUCUGUGGACUCUUCCUCUUAGCACUGAUUCAGCCCUCUCUUCAAGGAGGUGUGUAUGUACCACCUGGUGCUGGGAUUGGACCAGGAGGCACUGGACCAGGAACUGGAUUCUUUCCAGGGUCUGCUGGAGGAGUCCCUGCAGGCUAUAAACCAGCUAAAGCUGCAGUAGGAGGUUAUGGAGGUGGAGUGCGUGGUGUGGGGCCAGGUGGUCUGGUGCCAGGAGGUGUUGGGCAUGGUGGCUUGGGCAAUGGAGGACUGGGAGCAGGACAAGGUGGAAAGCCCCCUAAACCAGGUUAUGGCAAUCUAGGAGUCAGUGGUCUUGGAGGUGGUGGCCUAGGAGCUGGAGGGUAUGGAGGAGGUGGUUAUGGUGGAGGCACCGGGGGCUUUUUCCCAGGAGCUGGACAGAAGGCUGCUAAAAGAGGCGCAGGAGGCCAUCUGCUACCACAUGGAGGGACUGGAGGAACAGGAACUGGAGCCGGAGUGCCUGCUGGAGUACCUGUUAUUCCUCAGACUGGCCUUCCAGGAGGGGGCGGUGCUGGUGCUGGAAAGAAAGCUGCCAAAGUCCCAGGUGUGGGUGUGCCUGGACUUUACCAAGGUGGACUGGUGCCAGGACAAGGGUUUGGCGGACGUGGAGUUCUGCCUGGGGUGGCCACAGGCACCGACCUUAAUCCCAAAUCAAUUGGAGGGGGGGGACAAGGAAAUCAAGGACCAGGAGGCCGUGGGUAUGGUGGGCAAAUGCAGCCAGGAGUGUUCCACGGAUACCCCCUCAAAUCCCCCAAAGUGCAAGGUGGCUAUGGAGCAAAACCUGGAGGUGGAAAACUACCAUAUGGUUACGGCUUUGGUAAUGGUGAUGCUGGGUCAAGGCCUGGAUAUCCUGUAGGAACUGGAGUUGGGCCUGGGGGCAUCUCACCUGCUCAGGCUAAAGCUGCCAAAUAUGGAUUGGGUGGUGCUGGCAGUGUUGCUGGUGUUGCUGGCACCGGUGGACUGUAUCCAGGGCAGGUGCCAGGAGGAUUGGGUGGUGUUGGUGGUGUUGCUGGCACCGGUGGACUGUAUCCAGGGCAGGUGCCAGCAGGAGUUGGGACCGGUGGCAUCUCACCUGCUCAGGCUAAAGCUGCUAAAUAUGGUUUGGGCGGUGUUGGAGGUGUUGGCGGUGUUGCUGGCACUGGUGGACUGUAUCCAGGGCAGGUGCCUGGAGGUGUUGGUGGGUAUGGCGGUGUUGGUGGCACUGGUGGACUAUAUCCAGGGCUGGUGCCAGGAGCGGGAUAUGGAGCUGGGUCCAAGGCUGCUAAAUAUGGAGUACCAGGAGGAGUACCAGGAGGCGUACCAGGAGGGGUACCAGGAGGAGUACCAGGAGGAGUACCAGGGGGGGUACCAGGAGGAGUACCAGGAGGAGUACCAGGAGGGGUACCAGGAGGAGUACCAGGAGGAGUACCAGGAGGAGUACCAGGAGGUGCACCAGUGGUUGGAUAUUCACCAGCAGCCAAAGCCGCUAAAUAUGGUGUUGGUGGGUAUGGCGGUGUUGGUGGCACUGGUGGACUGUAUCCAGGGCUGGUGCCAGGAGCGGGAUAUGGAGCUGGUUCCAAGGCUGCUAAAUAUGGAGUACCAGGAGGAGUACCAGGAGGAGUACCAGGGGGUGUACCAGGAGGGGUACCAGGAGGAGUACCAGGAGGGGUACCAGGAGGAGUACCAGGAGGAGUACCAGGAGGAGUACCAGGAGGUGCACCAGUGGUUAGAUAUUCACCAGCAGCCAAAGCCGCUAAAUAUGGACCAGGGGGACUAGGAGCAACAGCAGGACUGGGAGGAACAGGACUGGGAGGAACAGGACUGGGAGGAACAGGACUGGGAGGUGGAGGAUACUCUGCUGCUGCUAAAGCUGCUAAAUAUGGUCCAGGUGGUGCAGGAGUAGUUCCAAGUGGUGGUGCAGGAGGAGGAGUACCUGGAAGAGUCCCAUUUUUUCCAGGAUAUGGAUCUUUGGCAGCUGGUGCUAAACCUCCUAAAUAUGGAGUCCCAGGAACAGGCCUAGGAACAGGAGGAGUUCCAGGGGGAGCAGGACAGGUACUUCCUGGUGGUGCCGGCUAUGGUGGUUAUGGAGCUGGAGCUGGAGCUGGUGCUGGCGUGAAACCCCCAAAAUAUGGAGUUUCAGGAGGACUGGGAGGGACAGGAGGAAUUCCUGGUGCAGUACCAGGACUAGGAGGUGGACAAUACUCUGCUGCCACAAAAGCUGCUAAAUACGGAGUUUUAGGAGGAGCUGGAGCAGGGUUAGGAACAGGAGGACUCGGAGGAGCAGGAGUAUAUCCUGGUGCAGGACUAGGAGGUGGACAAUACUCUGCUGCUGCAAAAGCUGCUAAAUAUGGAGGAGCUGGAACAGGGUUAGGAACAGGAGGACUGGGGGGGACAGGAGGAACUGGAGGAGUACCCACAGGAGUUGGGGCUGAAGGAUAUCCAGGUGGUGUAAAACCGCCAAAAUAUGGAGGCGUCACUGGAGUAGGACUUGGCGUGCCAGGAGCUACUCCAGGUACAGGUGUCAGUGGUAUCCCAGAUGGUUCUGCUGUUUUGGUGCCAGCAAAGGAUGCAGGUCCUGCUGGAACUCCUCCACCAGAGCCAACGCCUAUUGCUGCAAUUGGCCAGACCGCAGAGGUCCCACGGCCCAGUGUGAAAACAAACGUUUCUGGUGGAAUUAUUCAGCCUAGUGGUGGAGCAGGUAUUACAGUACCCUCUGGUGGUGUUGGUGUUGGCACAGGUGGCAAAGCACCUAAACCAUUCUUACCAGGUACAGGAGCCGGUGUCGCUCCAGCCGGAGGUGGAUAUCCCUAUGGUGGAACCUAUGGAGCUGUGGGUGGAGCAGGAGGAGGAGCAGGAAUCCCACUGGCAGCAGGAGGAGGUUAUCAAGGGGGAUACAGGCCAUAUCAUCAUGGUUAUGGUCAUGGUGGGUUGGCGUAUCCCUCUGCAGGUGGACUGGGAGGUGCUGGUGCUGGAGCUAAACCACCCAAGCCAGGCUACGGAAAUCUUGGAGGUGGCAAUGUACAUCAGCAAGGUGUGGCUCCUGUGGCUCCUGGUUAUGGAGGAGGUUACCCCCAACAGUACUACCAAGGUGGAUAUGUACCAGCCCCACUGACUCCUCAACAAGCCAAAGCAGCCAAGUACGGUCCAUUGCAGGGCUUCCUUGGUGGUGCAGGAGGAGGAGGAGUCUACAGAGGUGGAGUUGCAGGAUGCGUGGGCAAAUACUGUGGGAGGAGGAAGUAGAGCCCACCAGUGUGACCUCAAGAAACCAUGGUGCUACUGCAUGAUCUAGAAUGUACAUUUUAUAUGCAAACAAACCCCAUUAGAAAACAUGUAAAGAUGUUUUUUUUACUUACUGGACUUCAGCGUCUGAUUUUAUACAAGCCCACCGACCCAGAAUUUUGUACACGCCCUGAUGAGACGUAUGUUAUUGAUAGUGCCUUUAAUCAAUAAUGUGGUCAAGUUAAUCAGCUUUAACUCCCUGUACUGCACCAGCCUACUUAAAAUAUAGAGCGUGUGUUUGUGUCACCAUGUGUUGUUCUUGUGUGUGUGUGUGUGUGUGUGUGUGUGUGUGUGUGUGUUGUUGUGUGUGUGUGUGUGUGUGUGUGUGUGUGUGUGUUUUAUGGUUGUACUGUUGUGCGAAAGACUGACUGAACCAUCGGCUGCCAAUGUGACCUAUGAAUGAUUUCCCUUUCAGUUUUAAUCCUGAAACAAGGUGAACUGUCCUCAUUAUUACAGCCCACACUAUCUCACCUCGCUGUGCAGACCUUGUCAUCUCUCUGUCAGAGGGGUUGGGUUGGUCGAUGCUCGUCCAAAAACUGAUGAAAUCUAGCCAAUCUCUGCAUUGUCUCUGGCUCCCCGUCUUCUCUGCUGCUAUUUUUAGGCGUGCUGGGUAUAUAGCAGCGGGAAUCGGGGCUCCGGCCAACCCAUCUGCUGUCAGUAACUUUGCUGAUUCUAGUUGCUAUGCAGUUCAGUUUUCUCAGCAUUUUUAAUGUUGCCAAACUUGUGAUGUAUGAAGAGCAGUUUCUGCUCUGAGGAACGACAUGCUGAAGACAAUCAAAAAGUGUUUGAUUCAUUACAAGAUGUUUAAAAACAUGGCGAAAGCAGUGUUGCCUUUUAGUUCCAAGUAGAUUAAAGUGUAACUCAGAUACUACUCUGGCAUGUACGUUAUGUAUGUGUGAAUCUUUAAUUAUGUGUCUGAAAUAGAGCACUUCAAAUGUUUAGUCUCAUUGCAGCAGUUAUUUCCAUUUAUGUAACUUGUCAUUACAUGAUUAUUCAAGAUGUUUUGCACCAUGCUUUGACUCAUAGCUUCAUUGUUAUCAGGAACAUGUGAACAUAAAGCGCAUUUAUUCACUGUUUAGAAUUGUAAUACAGAAUAAGACUUUGUUUGAUGGGAGAGCCAAAGUGUUAAUGUGAGUCAUAAGCUCCCAUUGUUCUUCAUUUACUUGAGCUGCUUUUAAAAAGGCUUACUGACCAAAGGUUCAUGAGCGCUGUUGCCAAGUGACUCCAUCUCUUUCUGUAAUUGUGUACUGUAUUUUGUACUAAUUUGAUAUUUGCUGGCUUCGGUUCCUUCACUCGGUGCUGUGCAAGAACUGUCUUUGAGCCUGGGUCAGACCUUGUCUAAUGUGCCGUGGGAUACUCUUCAUCUUUAUUUAAAACUGUUUUUAUAAGGAGGAACAGUGUGGUUUUGCACUUUUUAUAUUUCCACGACACACAUGUGACUUGUUCCAGCAUUUAUUUACUUCAUCAAAUAACAAAAUAAAAUGUGUUAAAAGUA